AUGUCACAGCGAAAGAGCGACAACUCCCUCAAGAACAUCACGCAAGGGGGUUACAGCACCUUCAACGAUAUCCGCCCACCAUGUCUUCCAGGAACGACGUCGAUCGACAAGCUUCCCAUUGAGCUCUGGGAGAGGAUCUUCGAAUUUGUCGGCGACAUUGCUUACGUCUCAGGGCGCGACCGGGUUGACUUUCCCGACGAUGAAACACCGUAUCCCUACGUACCUCGAGACACGCAUCUGGAAGUCCCCUGUCGUACAGAGCCCACACCUUACGACUAUCUUCGAUCGUCAUCACUGGCGUCUAGAGCGUUCACGGUACCCGCACAACGGGCCCUCUUCAGGGUUAGCAAGACACGCAGCUCAAUAGGCAUGCUCCGCCUACUCCGGAGUUUGCUGGAAUACCCGGCAAAUCGAAAGUAUGUGCAGUGGCUUGUGACGUCUCCGCUGCUUCGCGAAAAUAACUACGACUGUCAAAAUCCUCCCGACAUCCUCGAUCCUAUCUCGGCAUUGGUACGGACCCUCGGCCCGCUCUUACGCACACCUGUCUUGGACCAAUUGCAAAACGUCGAGUUCUUCGGACGCCUGUUGCAACUCUAUAUCCCAAGGGACCCCAAAUCUUUCAGCGGGUACACUGCUGAAACGAAAAUCCCAGAUACAGAUGACUUGAGAUCAUUUUACCCAAUUCUGGGAGACCAAACUCUAAGAGCCAUCUUGGAACUUUGCCCUCAAAUCAGGGGAGUCCGACUGUUUCAUCGUAACACCUUCAUUCAUUGGGGAUCGCUUCCAUUGGCACCAGAAGCCUUUUUGUGUCUGCCGAACGGUCUUCUGGGGCAGGAUUGCUUUAGGCUCAAGUCCUUAACACUGGAUCUUGGUGCACUCUAUUGGUCCCUGCUAGGACUCCGUGAAAAGGUUCCCGAAUACCCUAGCGGAUGUCCUCCCACCGUUGAGUAUCUGAAAAUUGUGGGCAAAAACAGCUACAUUUCUGGGACUCCCCUCGACGACUUUUACGAAUGGCUCAGCACGAACAAAAAGUUGCGGGAACUGCGAAUGCUUCAAGGAGCUGAUUGCCAUCCGUGGCCUGGGGCUAAGAAGCAGAACUGGAACACAAUAAUUACAAUGUUCAAAGACACGUUGGAGGUUCUCAUCAUGGACGGGAAUCGCUACCAUGAAGGUACGUAUCACGAUGGAGUUCGGUUCGGACCCAGCGGGGUUCUUUCCACACUACAAUGCAAGAAAUUGGCGUACCUCAAGGUACCACUACACUAUCUCAGGGACGAUACGCCAAAGCAUGAGCCAGUUGAUGUUGACUGGGAGGACUUGGAACUUGCCGUGCAGCCCGACGGCUCGGCAAUGGACAUAGAUGAUCUUUUUCAGGUGGAUGAAGAACAUGAGGACGAUGGGCAAGAGAGCGAUGGGGAGGAAAACAACGAGUCGGACAACCCUCCGUCAAGGUAUAAUCGCUUAAGGGGCAUCCGGAUACUACAACCUGGUGACGAGCAUAAUAUCCUUGGCCUCAUUCAAACUGAAUUUCCCCCUUCUUUGAGGAAAUUGGAGGUUGUGGUUGUUGAACCAAGUAUGGAAGAGGAUAAAGAUUACGCGUGGAGAACCAUUGGAGUUCCUAUCUAG